CCAAGCGACACGAAGUGCUCGGUGGUACUUACUUAUAGAUAACCCAAGUACUGGUGGAGGCGUACAAGGAGCAACAGUUUACCAAAGAUCCUAAUAAACCUCAGAUUAUCGAAAAAUAAGAUUUACUUCGGGGUUUUUGAUAUUUUUCAUUAAUUGUCGGUGAAAGUAAAAUUUGAACAAAUGGCUGGAGAAGUAAAUGCACUACCCCAAGUUCAACAAAAGGAGACCCAAAGCACCACACAUUCAGCUGCUGUGACGGCCACUGUUAAGACCGAGUCAACGGGUGUAGGAGAAGGGCUUAAGCUAAACCCAUGGUAUUUCAAGACUGUUCCAGGUAUAUUGAAGCUUGUCCAAGUGGUGAUCGCCAUAAUUUGUUUUGGAUGCGGAUCUCCUGCAGUCACCGACUUCAGUCGUUUCUUCUUGUUCGUCGUCUCCAUCUGUUUCAUUGUUACUAUACUUCUCAUCUUCGUUUACCUGUUCGGACUUAAAGCUCUUUUACCUAAUCUUCCUUGGCUGUUUUCAGAAAUGGUUUACACAGCCAUUGCGGUGGUUCUGUACAUAAUUGGAGCCAUAGUGGAGCUUGCUAUGACAGGCGAUUCCAAAUACACCUUCGCUCUGAAGAUUCACAGGUUCUACAAUCCGUACAUGGCUGCUGGGGUUUUCGGUCUGUUUAACAUCGUCGCAUACGGUGCCGGUCUCGCUUUCAUCUUUAAAGAAUGGCGAGAAUCAAGGCAGGUGUCAUAGAGGACAAGUCGUCGUGACCUUUGUCAUCACGCUUCAGAGUUUGCCCUUAGAACUUCAUUUAGUCCAGGGGCAAGCCUCAACAAAAAUUACCCCCUUUAAAUUUAAAUAAGCAUAUGCACAAUUACUGUUAACACUGCACAGUUAUCAUUCACACCCCCUUUUUUCGGUUUUUGUUUGUUUUGUUUUUUAAUUUAGAGUAUUUUCAGACUAAUUGAAUAUUUUUUUUGUAAUGUGUGUAUUUUGUCAAAUUAUGAUUGAAGAUAACCCAUACGUUUAAGUAAAACUGUCAUUUGGGAACCCCCAUUAUGUACCAAUGUACGUCAGGUACUUGGUUCCAUCUGUAAAGUUCUUAAUGAUAAUGUCAUUGGAACAAAAACCGUUUUAAUGAUAUUUAUUGUAUUUUUUAGGUGUUACGCCGUGGUUGUACUUAAAAAGUGUAGAAUAGCGGAAGUGGUAACAAGGGGGUUUGUCUAUAAAAGUUAUUUAAACCCCAUGAAUAUGUUUCAUGUUUUGUGUUCAUAUAUAUAUAUAAUUAUUAAUCAGAAUGGUUUACAAUCAAAACAUUUUUAAUAUCACAUGUUCUUAAAUCUCGUAUUUACUAAACCAUAUAAUAUACGGGAUUUGUUGCGUCACGUUAAUAUUGCCUCUUUCACAGAGACGGAAAUUUAUUGACAGUUUGAAAUUCCGAUCACUUUUUCAUAAACAUCACUAAAUUUCUUUGGACCAAUUGGUUGUAACGUUUGUUAUCAGUCUCUCUAAAAAAAAAUCGCUUUUUUUAUGAGUAUCAUAUUUGAAAUUUGAUUGCUAUUACCGACAUUUAUGUCUAGACGAGAAAAUUAUUAAUGGUGAGUGUGAAACAGUACCACCGAUAGAGGGCAGGACGUGUAUCCAGAAUAUCUCUUGACUAGCUAGCUUCUCGUGGGCUGCAAUAUAUGUACGUUCAAACGGAAUUUUAAUUUCAGGUCUAGAACUAACACGAUACAAUGAUGUACAUAGUAAAACAGUGGACAUGUAUGGCAACCUUAAAAUUAUUAGCAGGUACACCCACCAGCCUUACACCUGAGGGGGAUCACUACCCCUGGUUUACUUUCUUAUGUUAAUAGUGGUCAAUAUUAUUUUCACAGUUUUACAACAAAUAUUUAUUAACUGUAUAUCCAGUACUGCUUUAUUGUAGGUUCUUCAGGGGCAUUAUCAAAGUCAUAAAUUACCUAACUUUAAAAAAAAACUGUAACACCUAAACGACCCAUAUGUUGUAUUUAACAGAGCGUAACAUGCAAGACUCAUUCCUAUUGGUCUAUUGAUAUACGGCUUAACAGAAUAAAUUUUAGGAAAGGGAUAUACAUUCUUUCGUGGUGUCUGGCCUAAGAUAUUAUCGUUAUUUUUACUAAAGAUUUUUUAACAAUUAAAUAAGCUAAGUAGAAUGUCUCAUGCCUCAUAAUAAACCGUUAGUAGGACAAGCAGCUUGGUGAUAUUACCAAGGCAUCCACUGUUAGGCCCAAUAUCUUGCAGCAAAAGGGUGAACUUAAUUAAAGCAUUGUAUCACGUGAUCGUCACAAAACAGUAAACUAGAUUAGCUGCUCGUGUGACUCAAAAUCUAGCUUUUUAUUAAAAUACAACAGCGGUACAUUACAGUGUUACUGUUGCCUUUGGUACAAGAGUGUUACUAUCGAUUUGAUAUCGGUAUUGUUGUACGUUAAAUAAUGCACGCCGUUUCUAAAUUAAAUGUUCUCGUAUUGUUAUAUGAUGAAUAAUGCAAAUUGUUUCUUAACUAAAUCUUCACGUAACUUGUGUAUAUUUAAUGGUUAAAAAUAAAGUUCUUAACUAAGACCUG